AUGGCUAACCAAGGCACGUGCGGAUAUAGCUGGGCCUCUUCCACUGCAGGGGUGGUGGAAUCUGCCCACUGCAUUGCCACGGGCCAGCUCUUGGACUUGCUGGAACAGCAAGAGACCAGCUGCACCACCACCAGAGGCAGAAAGGGCUUCCCAUGGUAUGCCAUUGACUGGAUGGAUGGCAAAUCGAGUGUGAAGCAAAGGCUGGCCCUCGACAAACGCGUGAAAACCACCGGCGAAGCGGUCUUAGCUUCGGCGUCGAACGGCCAACCCGUGGCGGUGCCCGUGGAAGCCGGGAACGUUAUGUGGAACAACUACAAGAGCGGGGUCAUAUCCGAGUGCCCAGGCGCCCAGUCGGACCAACCAUACCGCCAUCGCCGUGGGUACAAUGGAGACUCGUACAUGAUCAAAAACUCGUUUGGGGCCCCAGCUCAAGGGAGAUGCAGGGUAUAUCCACCUCCAACGCAACGGCGGCGGCAAAGGAACGUGCUACGACCUCCCGUCGCCAUCCCCCAAGUCGUUGCUGAUCCCACGCCUACCACCACCAGCCAAAGUCCGUCGACAACUACUGCCCCCGCGACUACUUCCAGUGUUCGUGUUACCCCCUUACCAACUUCAUGCACCCCUGUGUCCACCGAGCGCUCCUUUGUCGAUGACGCCAGUGCGACCCCUAGUGAUAAGUGCAGCAAUAACCGCAAUGCGUACGUAUGGCCGUUGACCAAGUGA